GAAAGCUUCUUCGUAAAGAACCAAACGUCAGAUUGAGAAGGCUCAACCUUCUGAUAACGAAGAUGAGUUCUUCCUCAAUUGACUCUUCAUAUUUUCGCGGUAGCGAGUAAAAAUCCGAUAAAUAAAAGCUUCGUGAAUUUAAAACCGCGACUAAACGUAGAAUCCCAAAAAUUUUUCGGUGAUACCGUAAGUCGAUGGCAAUGCGAUAAGCCCAUACCGGUUGACAAGUUGAUCAGGACACAACAGUAUUGUGCAGGUGACUCGCUUAGAUUGUGAAUGAACGCCUUGACAUAUUUCGAAAAAUCAAAGCGUAAGGACAAGCUGAACAAAAGUGACUGUGGCUAUGGGUACGGAAAAUGCAGAGAAUGGCAAACAAAGAAAGAAAAUCGAAACUUUCGAUGACAUCCUUCCUUACAUCGGCGGUGCCGGACGUUAUCAGUGGCUCCUUUUUGUACUUCUGCUACCUUUUUCAAUCGUUUACGCUUGCCUGUAUUUCACUCAGAUUUUUAUUACCCUUUUACCGAACGAAUAUUGGUGCAGGGUACCAGAAUUAGAUGGAUGGAAUCUCACAGAAAGAGAAAGAAUUUAUUUUUCGAUACCGAACGCCUCCGCCAACGAACUAGCGAUAGAUCCAACCGUACCUUAUUCGAAAUGUCUGGUGUACGACGUAAACUUCACCCAAUAUUUGAUCGAAAAAAAAACACCUGAUGCUACGUGGCCCGUCAAGCCGUGUCAGACAUGGUCAUUCAACUACAGUACUGUACCUUAUGCAUCCAUUGCUGCCGAACUCGAAUGGGUCUGCGACAAAGCGUAUUACUCUUCGGUCGCGCAAACACUCUUCUUUGUCGGUAGUAUCAUCGGAGGCUUCGUAUUCGGUUACGUAGCUGAUCACCAUGGUCGAUUGCCAGCUCUGAUCGCCUGUAACACCGUUGCUCUUCUUGGCUCCAUAGCCACAUCCUUCAGCAACAGCUUUUGGUCGUUCUGUCUUUGCAGAUUAUUUGUAGGGACGGCGUUCGACAACUGUUUUAACAUAUUGUUCAUCAUCGUUAUCGAGUACGUCGAUCCGAAGCGUCGAACUUUCAUGGUGAACAUGUCGUUCGGCUUCUAUUUCGCGGCCUCCACAAGUCUGUUGCCAUGGAUUGCGUAUUACGUCGCUGAUUGGAGACUUCUGAGUUGGAUCACCGCAACGCCGGCGGUCAUAGUAUUUGCUGGACCGUGGAUAAUCCCGGAAAGUGCUAGGUGGUAUAUUACGAACGGAAAAAUCACUCAAGCGCUCAAGAUGCUCAAGAAAUUCGAGAGGGUGAACGGAAUGACCGUCGAAAAAGAAAUCUAUGACGAAUUCGAGCAAAGCUGUAACGAAACGCUCAAAAAUGACACUUCGUACAGUAAUGACACCGUUCUGAGUCUCUUCAAAAAACCACGCCUCGCUUACCUCAUGGUUAUGCUGAUAAUCUACUGGCUUUUGAUCAUAGUCGUAUUCGACGGAAGCGUGUGGAACAUGAAACUGUUGCAUCCGGAUAUUUUCACUUCGUUCUCACUGGCUGCUUUGACGGUCCUUCCAUCUUCAAUUAUGCUGACCCUUUUCCUCGAUAAAUGGGGUCGUCGAUGGAUGGGCUUUUUUUCGAUGCUGCUUUGCGGGGUAUUUUCAUUCAUCGCGCUAGCUACACCAACUGGUAGCGUAACGGUUGCGAUGGGAAUUAUCGCACGUUUCGGCGUCACCAUAGCGGCAAGUAUCGGAUUUCAGUACGUUGCGGAAAUGUUGCCGACAGUGGCCAGGGCACAGGGCGUAUCGCUCAUCCACAAUAUUGGCUACUUGGCUCAUAUGAUCGGACCCUACAUCGUUUACUUGUCGGAAGUAUCCUCUUCACUGCCACUAACUGUACUGGGAUUGCUUUCAAUCAUCGUGGCCGUGCAAGCUUUAUCUUUACCUGAAACUUUGGGCCAAGAUUUACCGCAAACGUUGGAAGAUGGGAAUGAUUUUGGUAGGGAACAAAACUUCUGGUGGGUCCCAUGCAUGUCCAGUUCGUCGGAAAAGAAGAAGAAAUAUCAGAAAAGAAAGAUAUCCGGCACGUGACAUUAAAUGAACCGGGUGAAGUAUUGACACAUGUCGAUCCACAUCUCUUCGAUAAAUGAAGGUCUCGGAUCGAAUUUCCAGCCAUCAAUGAUAAAUAAUUUACAGUCCAUCCAACGAUACGAACUGGUUAUAUCAGGCGACUCUCACGUUUGCGUGCGUUAAUAAUUGGGUACGGCACCGUUGAAAGAUUUACUUUGUUUGUCCCUGAACCUAGAUAAAUGAUAAUUGUUUCUGUUAAAAUGAAUUGUAUUUUUUAUCACCGAUGUGUACGAUAAUUGACUCAUGUACUGUUAUGACUGCAUUUCUGAGUAUACCGUCGGGAAAUACCAUCUAACAGUAGGGAAUGAGGUUUAUAGUAAUUGAAAAUUCCGUUUCCAAGCUGCAUUUCCGAGACCGAGAGAUCUUUGCGAGGCCCUUUGUCCUCUGUGCAAAGUAUGUGAUUCGAAAGUAGGUAGUUCUGACGUUUGAAAAGAAAUGCAAAAAUUAGAUAAAUAAAUGAAUGUUGAGUUUUAGGAUAUUA